CCUCCUAUUCCCAAGGCGCUGCACUCUGACUGCCAGCAGAAAGGAAUACAGGCUUUAGAAAGAGAUCGCUUUGAUUUGUUCUUUAAACUUAUGCUCAAGCUAUUGACAGAGGCAUCAACUAGCUAUGACUUACCGUCUGUUUGAAGGAAAGAAGCAUGCUUCUUCCUACUGGAAGUUUAGGAUCUCUCCAUCAGAUCAUCUUAUAAAAGAGGUGCUUGACUUCAUGGAAAAACAGAAAGGACGUCCCUUUGAGCUGGCGGUGGAUGUGGGUUGCGGGUCAGGACAGGGCACUGUGCUGCUGGCCAAACACUUUGCCUCUGUGGUGGGGACAGACGUUAGUCCUGCUCAGGUGGAAGUGGCUAUGCAGCAUGCCAAAGAGCCAAACAUCACUUAUAGACAGUGUGUGGCCGAGGAGCUGCCAUUUGCUGACAGCUCAGUGGACUUGAUAACAGCCAUGUCCGCCUUCCACUGGUUCGACCGGCCACGCUUUCUCCAGGAGGCCCACAGAGUCCUGAAGCCCCGUGGCUGCAUGGCACUGCUCAACUUCACCAUGGAUAUGGAGCUCAGCUACCCUGAAUGCUGCUCAGAGACACUCAACCAAGUCUGCAAAGAGUUUUAUGCAGCCUUGCAACCUUACCGCAGUGCCCACCUUGGCCCCAGCUCUAUCGAGUUAUACCGGGAGGUCCAUACAUCCAUCCCAUACCCUGUGAAGGAGUGGCAUGAGUCUGUGUGUGUGAAAAGGCCCAUGCCUCUGUCCAGCUACAUGGGGUUUGUGGAGUCUUUCUCAAGCUAUCAGACUCUGCUGAGAGAAGACCCGGAGAAAGCCACCACGCUUUCCCAGGACAUCAAUAAAAGGUUGAUGUCUGUAAUGAGGGUGACCUCUGCGGAGACGGAGGUGGUGAUGACUGUGAAGUAUUUUUACCUUCUGGCCUGCAAACCACAGGAAGCCUAACUGACUCCUGCCAGCAUUCACACUUAACCCUAACCCUAACCCUAACCCUAACCCUAACCCCCACAGUCUUUUGUUAACUUUUCUGUGUGAAAGCGUUCACUUUUAGUGUGUUAAAUGUUUGUUACUUUAGCUUUAUGUUAGCUUGAACUCUCUGUUUUGCCUACAAAUGGCACUAUUUAAAAGGAAUAGUUUGACAUUUUGGGACAUAAUCUUAUUCACAUUCUUGUUGAGAGUUAUAUCAUAAGACCAAUCUUAGGAACAUAUAUAUAUGAACACUAACUAUGAAGGUGGAACAAGCAGCCAGUUAGCUUAGCUUAGCACAAAGACUGGAAACGGGGGGAACAGCUAGCUUUGCGACAAUUUUAGUUUUUACACGGCAGUUUUUGUAUGGAUUAAAUAACUGAGAUACAUUGUGUUAUUAGUGAGUUUUAUAGAUGCUUUUUUUUGACAUUAGUGAGUGAUAUUUAGAAAGACAGGGACGGUAAUAGAGAUUAGACAUAAGGAUAAACAAGUGAAAAGUCAGGCAAAGAAAAUGAAUGUGGGGGAAGAUAAAUAACUAAAAUAACGGAAGAGAAGGGUAAAACAAUUGUUGAAGUGAAAAAUAAAUAACUACAUUGAAGGAAAAUACUGUAAAAAAAUAAUUGAGACUUUAAACUCCUUUAAAGUUACACAGAUGAUCAGAUGCACAUAUACAUUUACUCUUCAAUAUAACUGCAUGUAGCUUUCCUCAUGCCGCUCCCUUUAAAGUGCUGACACUGUGCAGAUGUUUGCAUCAUUAGUGAUUUGGUAAAGUACAUAGAACAUAUAUGUGGCAAUAUACAUUAAUGCUGCACUUGAUUAGUGUUAAUGAUCUGCUACUUGUAAUUGGUCAUUCAAGUGUGGUAUUUUGAGAUGUUGUUUUACAAAAGACCACUAGAGGGAGACAUAUGAUCAAAAGUGAUUAUUGUCACUUUCUUCUUGUGGGACACUAUAUCAUCAUAUUCACUGACACAAACAAAAAUGUAUUUGUACACCCAGUAUUGGGGAGUAGUUAAAUAGCUGUAGUUAAACUUGUAGUUUAAUUACAUUUUGCAGUAGCUUCCUGGUAGUUCACUACAUUCAUAUUUGCAUAGGGAUUCAAGUAGUUAAAUCACUUUUUUGCCAUUUUUUGUUUACUUAACUACUAAAACUACACACAUUUUUGAGCCAUAGGAAUGGGCUAAAAGGAAAGGAAAGGUUUGUAUUGUAUUUUACCAUUGCUCCGUACUGUUAUUGAACCUCUUUGAUUCUGCUCAAGUCGGUCAAAAGGUCUAAGAAGGUAAAAUGUUUUUUUUUGUGGAGUGUAUCAUUUUAUCUUGGUUUAUUUCUGACCUGCGAUUAACUCUGCACAUUUAGAAAUAAGAGAAAACAAAAACUUACCAUCGAUCCAAGAAACUUUCAAUGACCUACAGUAUGUCUGUACUGAGACGCUGGCCCAAAACUGAUUUGAAAAUAUCACAUACUAUAUGCUCUUUUCCCCUGGUGAUGCGUUUAUUUAAUCUGAUCUGUGCCACACGGGAGGAAAACGGUUUGCUGUUGAAAUUUUGUCAUGGCUUUUUCUCUUUUUGACUUUUUUAGAAAGCGAACUCUCUUUGAGCGUAUCAGUAGCUACUUUAGGUCUAAAUUUGGCCUUUUCUUAAUUUCUCUUUUUGUACUCACAUUUGUCCACAUGACCUUAGAUGGCUCUCCAGCAUCUCUGUAACAACUAUUGUGUUUUUAUACAACUUUGCAGACUUCAGUGGACUGAUUUGUUUGCCGAAUGAGUUCCGUCACAGGCAGUAAGAGGUCCACAGAUUACUCCUAUUGUAUACAGAAAUACGUCAGUCUCACAGUCAUGUUUGUGCUAUCUGUUUUAAUAGCAUCCCCCUCUGUAUGUGCUGAAAUGCUCUCAGCAACCUAAUUCCACCACUGGAAGAACGACACUGACAGAAUCCUGCACUAUUUCUUUUUAAUCCAAAUUCUCACAGGUCUGGCCUCUUUCUUAGGUUUUGAAUGUUAGUCCUAGAGACAUGUAUUACAAACACACUUUAGUGUUGGCAGUGCAGAAAUGUUCAGCCUUCCGAUGUGCUAUGGCUAGCCGCCGGCAUGACUUGAGGCCAUGGCCAGACUCUGAACAAUGAAGGUGUUCUGAGUGGGUGUGUUGUGUGGUAUGCACCCGGGAGCACAGGGGCAGCAAGUUGUCAGUUUUUAUCUUUUGGCCUAUUUCAGUAUCCAGAGUCAUACCACGCAAGUCUGCUGUAAGUGUGUGGGUAUUUCUUUGGUGACAUAGACAAUAUCACUGAUCAAAAAAGGUACAUUUAUGGUCAUAGCUAUCACAAUGUGUAUUACUAUCUGAUUCUUGAUUGAUUUUGAAAGUGAUUUCCGAGUCUGAAAGUGAAGCCAAUGCGGAAGUGCCUUAAAACUGCAUUCUGUCUAACGGCCAGCAGGGGGCAACUCCACUGGUUGCAAAAACAAGGCUUAUUGUAUAGAAGUCUAUGAUAAAAAUGACCCGACUUUUCACUUGAUGUAUUACUAUCAGUAUCAGUGUUUAGCAGUAAACAUUUUUCCUAAUGACUUUAGGUUCUCAAUCGCUACUCUAAAGUCUUCUUCAAUACAGCAUGAUGUUCAUUUAUUUAAUUGUGAUCCCAUUUGACCAUUUGGCUACCUUGUGAUUGACAGGUUGCUACAAUAGCCUCAUCUUAGAAAUUCAUCACUUUCAUGUCUUGUUCAGCAUUCGGUUGUAAUCGACCCUCUCGUGUCACUUCUGGUUCCAAAACAGGGAGAUGGCAACACGUCAAAAUCGAGUCUUCAAAACCGUACCGUUCUUACAUGCAGUCUAUGUUUGCAUCUGAAGAUUUCUCCUAAAUUCACCAAAAGUUUGCAUUAGAUAAUGCCUCAUUUGCAUAUGUUACAGGUCCCACAGUUGGUACCACAGCAAUAGAGAAUUCUGUAAAAUACAGAAUGUUCCUACUCACCUCUUGUAUAAAUUGUCCUGUCUCCCCUGGUCUUGGGCCAGUUCGUCUGGUCAUAUCCUUGUGAGAUCAUGUGCAACUACCAGUGUUUCAUGAAGUGUGCUUUUCAGAGAAAUUUGUAUAUCCUCCUUGUGAGCGUUUUGAGUUGUUAUUUUGUUGUUUUUUUUGGAAGUAAAGUUUUGGUUUAUUCUACACUUUA